AUGUGUCAGAUAUUCCCCCAGAUCUCGCACGACAGUUCCCUGGAAUGUGUUAGCCCUUCGUGCCUCUACACGUGCACUGGCGCGCGCCCAUUGGCCGCCGGGGCGCCGCCAUGUUGGCCGCACGCCCCGCCCCCGCGCGCACGCCCCGCCCCCGGCGAGCCCCGGGAGCGGCCGGCAGUCGAGCAGGCGCGGCGGAGCGGACCAGGCCUCACGCUGGACGACCACCGGGUGGCCAUGGUGUCCUACUACAACCCGCUGGCCGUGUACCGCCACCACCAGCAGCAGCAGCCGCCCCCGGGGGCGGGCGUGGGCUACCCGGCGGCGGCGGGCGCCUGGUACCCGCCGCAGCCGCAGUACGAGGAGCCGCCGCACCACCAGUGGCACCACUCGCACCACCAGCACCACCACCACGCCGUGUUCCCGCAGGCCGACUGGCCCGCCCCCGAGUACCACCAGCCGGAGGCGGCGCAGCUGCCGUCCCCCGCCGUGACCGUGUGCAGCGCCGAGCUGGCCAGCCCCGCCGCCGCCGGCCCCGUGUCGCCGCCCUGCGCCGCCCCCAGACCGCCCCCCGUGCGCAGUCCCUACGAGUGGAUGAAGAAGCCGUCCUACCAGAGCCAGCCCAACCCAGGCAAGACGCGGACCAAGGACAAGUACCGGGUGGUGUACAGCGACCACCAGAGACUGGAGCUGGAGAAGGAGUUCCACUACAGUCGCUACAUCACCAUCCGGCGCAAGGCGGAGCUGGCGGCCAACCUGGGUCUCUCCGAGCGGCAGGUGAAGAUCUGGUUCCAGAACCGGCGCGCCAAGGAGCGCAAGCAGACCAAGAAGCGGGAGGAGCUGCUGCACAAGGAGAAGCUGGAAGCAGCGCAGCAGCAGAUGCACGUGGCGCAUCACCACAUGACGAGCGUGGGCGUGCCUGGCGCUCAGCACGCGCCUGUCAUGUGACAACAACAAGACUCCAACCCUGAGCCGUGGUUCCCGCCGCCCGACGCGCUGAUGCUGUGACCACGCUCCGGCAACCCACUUUCCUCAGUGGCGCGGCAUCUGUAGGUGACGCAUGACCACAUGACGGCUGUGGGAGUGCCAGCUUCCCAUAUGAGACAAUAAGAUUCCAAUGUGAAGCAGUGGUUCCCAUCGUCCGACACGCUGCUGAUGUGACUACGCUCCGGCAACCCACUUUCCUCAGUGUCGCGGCAUCUUAAGAUGAUGCACGACCACAUGGACACUGUGGGAGUGCCAACUUCCCAAAUGAGAAAAAGGGAUUCCAAUUUGAAGCCGUGGUUCCCAUCGCCCAACGCGCUACUGAUGUGAAUACGCUCUGGCAACCUACUUUUCUCAGUGACGCGGCAUCUGUAGGUGACGCAUGACCACAUGACGGCUGUGGGAGUGCCAGCUUCCCACGUGAAACAGUAAGAUUCCAAUGUGAAGCAGUGGUUCCCACCGUCCGACGCGCUGCUGAUGUGACUAUGCUCCGGCAACCUACUUUCCUCAGUGGCGCGGCAUCUGUAGGUGAUGCAUGACGACAUGCCGGCUGUGGGAGAAUCAGCUGUCACUCAUGGGAAAACAAGAUUCUAACCUGGAUUAGUGAUCCCCAUCGCCCAACGCGCUACUGCUGUUAUCACAGUGCUUCUGCUUCCUCAGUGAUAUGCACCUGUAGGUAGUGUCUGACCACAUGACAGCUGUGGGAAUGCCAGCUCUCCUUGAUGAGACAACAACAAGACUGCAACGCCCCAUGCGUUGUUGCUGUAACCACGCUGCAGUGGGGUGGGGUUCUGUAGGUGGUGCAGGACUACAUGAAGCUGUGUUAGUCCCAGCUGCUCGUCAUGUGACAAGAGUGCUCAACCCGGAGACAUGGUUCAUGUGACUUGACACGCUGAUUCUGUGACCAUGCUCGACGUCUGUAGGGAAGUGGCAAAAAACGUUUUGUCGAUGAAUCUUUUUCCCUAUAUAAACCGAGUGAUUAUAAAAGUAACAAAUGUUUAUUAAGAAAAAAAAAUUUCUUUUACAUGUUGCUUUGAGUGUGGUACAAUUUUUGUAUUGUUAAUGCUUGACAGUUAAUUUUAUGGUUUUAUAGAUCAGCGAAGAGUUACAGUCAUUUGUACAAAACACAGAUCUUUCAGUGAAAUUUCAAUAAACACAAAGUGGUUAUGUUUUAGUGAAUAGUAGAAGAAGACCUACACGUUUCGGUUGAUAUUUUUUGUCGUGUAAAACUCUCUAACCAUCAAAACAAUGCUGUUUGUUAAAGCAAAGGAUUUACCUAACCGUCCAUAGUUGUAAUUUUGGUUUUAUAUUUGGUUAGCAAAAAAAAACAAUAUUUUGCUGAUAUAUUGUUAUUAAAAAAGAAAUAAAUAUCUCUGUAUAAAUGCACCAAUAAAAACACCAGUGUAACUUCUCGAACUGUAAUGACUAUUGAUUCAGUGAGAAAGUGAUUCUUGCUAAACAGUUGUUAGGUUCUGGUGACAGAAGUCAAUGUGCAAGGUACGAAAAUGAAAACUUUUAGGGAUGUACGGCAACUGGAUAAUACCUGAAGGAACACGAUUAACGUUAAAGCUCCUUACUACAAGACAAUACUUUAGACCACGCACGCAUGUGAUAUUUGUGUCGUUUUAUGGGAUGUGAUAGCUGUUGUGUUUGUUAACCUGGUGAGUGAACUGUGUAAUAAUAAGUUCUGAUUUUGGCGUGCCUUGCUUUUGUUAAAUAAACACUAAAAAUGCUUACAUAAAUUAUAACGCUUAUUGUAUUUGAAUUAGGUGUCAAAUACAAGUUAAAUAAAUGGCCACAAAGUACAA